AUGGACAGCCCUAGCUCCGCUGACUGGCCUAAAGAGCUCACCGGUGACCUGGCAUGGACUGGUGCCGACUUUGAGUCCAACACUGAUGUUUUCACUGACAAGCUCUCAAGCCAAGAUAUUGAGGAGCUCAACUCUGCCAUCAAACACUUCCAAGGUAACACAUGUGUCCCUCAUAUGCAGCCCACGUCAUCAACUGACACUUGCCCACCAGCCCUGGGCCUUUCCCGUGGCCAUGCAGACCCUACCACAUUCCCUCUUUCUCAGGGACUCGCCAAACGGCUCCAGAAAGUCACGGACCAUGUGUACAACGGCCGAGGAUUCCACCGUAUCCGUGGCAUCAACCCCUCGGCUUACACAGACGAGGAAUGUGUGAUCCUCUACGCCGGCAUCACCAGCUACAUUGCUGAUCAGCGUGCAAGAAACAUUGACCACAUCCGUGACCGCUCCCGUGCCCAACUCUCGCAAAAGCUCAGCCCCCUCGAGCUCGCCAAGCCCAUGACAUUUCACACCGACAUCGACGUCGGUGACAUGGUCUCUCUCUUCGUCCAAAGCACUCCCCUCGAAGGAGGAGACCAGUAUCUCGCCCCCAUCGCCUCAAUUUACAACGACCUCAUGAAGCGAGACCCCGAAGUCUUGCGCAUUCUCUCGGAGAAUUGGUACUGGGAGCGCAUCCACCGCCCCGGCCCAAAUCAAACCAUCACCAGGACCUUCAACAGGCCCGUGAUUGGGUUCCACAACAACCAGCUUCAGAUCAAUAUGGCUGUUACGUUCUUGGGGGCGAAUCCCGCCAUCCCUUUCUCGCCUGAUGCUCCACAGCUUACACCCGAGAGGAUUGCUGCUCUUAAUCGGGUCCAGGAGGCCGCUACGCGUGUCAACCUUCGGAUUGUUCCCGAGGCUGGAGAUUUGUUGUUCAUCAACAACUUUGCUGUUCUCCAUGCACGUGCUGGGUUUGUUGACUCGCCGGAUGAUGUGUGGAACCAGCGGUACAUCAUGCGCCUGUGGCUGCAUGACAGCCACAAGGGAUGGGAGUCCGCUCCUGUCUUGCAGAGGAAGUUGGACGAGACGUUUGAUCUGAAUGCUGCUGAGAAGGCGUACUGGACCAAGGAUGAGAUGGACAAGGUUGCUCCUGGCAUGAGGAUCAAGCAGAUGGGCAUCUCUGCUAACCCGGACCAUGACUGA